CGGGGCCGGACCCCAACGCGCGACGCCGGGGAGAGGCGCUUCGCCCGCACGGGGGCGUUUCUGCAGGGCUUCCCGCGGCUCGCGCUUCGUCACGUCCCCCUCAGGAGAAGGUCAGGAACGGCCAGGGAACGAAACGUCAGAAGUACCCACGCCGCGAGAUGAAAAGUCAGAAUACCAAGCUGAGGCCCGGCUCCGCAGCCCCCGCCAGCUGACCCACGGCCAGGCCCUCCCGCCCGCGCGCGCUCCCCUAGUCACGCCAGACCCACACUUCCGCCCUCAGACGCCCCGGCGCCUUCGGGCUGCGUGACGUGAUCCCGGCCGGCGCGCUGACGUCAGCGGGCGUCGGCGUGGGCCUCGCGCGGGCGGGGAGCCUGUGGCGCGCUGGAGCCCAGCCACCCGGCCGCCCCCUUUUACCGGCGUCGCUGUUCAAGGGUCUGAGGAGGCUCCGGGCGGCUGAGCAAUUUCCGCGUUUGCUGCGCCGGCCCCGCGAUUUACAGCCCUGAAGAAUCUACUUUUUUCCCAUCAUUUUUUCCCCUGCAGUAAUAAAUCCCAUUAUGGACACCCAGAAACUUUAUAAAGGGAUAUAGUUUGAAUUCUGUGGAGUGUAAUUUUGUGUAUGACUUAUGCUUUUAAAAUAUGAAGGGUUUUCAGAAACAAGGCUAGUAGAGUUAAUUACUGGCAUAUUAUGCAUAAGCACUGUUGGUGAUAGAGUAUCUUGUUAGGCAUUUGUGAUAAUACUAGAACAGUCAAGCUGUAUCUUGAUAAACUUGAUUUACCUUUAAAUAUAAAAUGAGUGAUAUUGUAGAUGCAUGAUUCUUAAAUGAAAGACAAGUUAUGUAAAAAAGUUCUGCUGUAGAAACUUUAUGGUUAACUAGUUAAGUUUAUGGAGGCAAUACCUUCAGUUGACCAAAUAUAAUAAAGUGGUAUGCAAAGUUAGGAAGAAAGACAACAUAAUGAUGCUGCAGGAAAUGAAAACAAAUAUAGACAGUAUUAACAAAGAUGAGUUAGCGGCUUGUGAGUUUUAACAUCGUACACAGUAUAACAGAUAUAGGUUCAACAAUGCUUGUAGGUGUUGACAUCCUCCAAAAUUGUUAACUGAAGCUACUUUAACUUUCUUAAGUAAAUACUAUGAUGAUAAGCUAUGUGAAAUUAGCCUUUAGAUAAUGUGACCAUAUGAAGACUUAUUUACUAGAAUAAAAAGAUUUUUUUAUAAAAAAUAAGAGUGCUUGGAGGGAAAGAAGUCUGCAUGUAGUUUUUUUUCUCUUAUAGGAUGGCCAUUAAUUGGCUUGAUAUCCAGGCUUUGUAAUUUGUAACCAAAAGCAAAUUAAAGGCAUAAAUAUUGUGUCUUUGUUUAGAAUAUUGGGAAUAUAAACUUCCUUGAAAAAUCAAGGAGUGUUAAACAUAUUUUCAAAAGUGUCUCAACUUCUUUCAGUCUGCUUAGUAUUAUACCAGAUAGUGAACAGAGAUAGCACUUGAGUUAAUAAUAGUCGUAAAGAGUAUUAAAUAGUAUUUUGAUAAUAUAGGAGAGAGAGUCAUCCUACCUGAGUGUAAAUUCAGAUGUAAAUCCAGUAAAGAAGGUGUAGUGAAUUUUAUGUAAGUAGGAGCCUAUCAUUUGAUUCUUUUUUAAUGGUAAAAAAAAAUCUAAUGUGAAGAGAAGAAAGAUUUCAUGUAAAGGAUUUUUGCUAUCAAAAAGUAAAAAUCACUCAUGCACAAAACUACCUCCUAAAGACUUGUCCCAGAUCCCUCGUAUCGAAAAAUUAAGAGUGUGAUGGAAGACAGCACAGUCUUGUCAAAUUGGACAAUUGGCAACAAACAAAAAAUGACAUACGACUUUUCAUGUGAGCUCUACCGAAUGUCUACAUAUUCAACUUUCCCCACCGGUGUUCCUGUCUCAGAAAGGAGUCUUGCUCGUGCUGGUUUUUAUUACACUGGUGUGAAUGACAAGGUCAAAUGCUUCUGUUGUGGCCUGAUGCUGGAUAACUGGAAACAAGGAGACAAUCCUAUUGAGAAGCAUAAACAACUGUAUCCGAGCUGUAGCUUUAUUCAGAAUCUAGUUUCUGUUACUAGUCUGGAAUCCACUUCUAAGAAUGCUUCUUCUCCAAUGAGAAACAGUUUUACUCACUCAUUAUCACCCACUUUGGAACAUGGUAGAUCAUUCAGUGGUUCUUAUUCCAACCUUUCACCAAACCCUAUUAAUUCUCGAGCAGUCGAAGACUUUUCCCCAUUGAGGACUAACCCCUACAGUUAUGCCAUGAGUACUGAAGAAGCGAGAUUUCUUACUUAUCAAAUGUGGCCAUUAACCUUUCUGUCACCAUCAGAAUUGGCAAGAGCUGGCUUUUAUUAUAUAGGACCUGGAGACAGGGUAGCCUGCUUUGCCUGUGGUGGGACGCUAAAUAACUGGGAACCAAAGGAUGAUGCCAUGUUAGAACACCAGAGACAUUUUCCCAACUGUCCAUUUUUGGAAAAUUCUCUGGAAACGCUGAGGUUCAGCAUUUCAAAUUUGAGUAUGCAGACACAUGCAGCUCGCCUGAGAACAUUUAUGUACUGGCCAUCUACUAUAUCAGUUCAGCCCGAGCAGCUUGCAAGUGCUGGUUUCUAUUAUGUAGGUCGCAAUGACGAUGUCAAGUGCUUUUGUUGUGAUGGUGGCUUAAGGUGUUGGGAAUCUGGAGAUGACCCAUGGGUAGAACACGCCAAAUGGUUUCCAAGGUGUGAGUUCUUGAUACGCAUGAAAGGGCAGGAGUUUGUUAGUGAGAUUCAAGCCAGAUAUCCUCAUCUUCUUGAACAGCUGUUGUCAACUGCAAAUACUUCUGGAGAUGAAAAUGCUGAUCCACCAAUUGUUCAUUUUGGACCUGGAGAAAGUUCUUCAGACGAUGCAGUCAUGAUGAAUACACCUGUGGUUAAAGCUGCCUUGGAAAUGGGCUUUAGUAGAAGCCUGGUAAAGCGGACAGUUCAGAGUAAAAUCCUAACAACUGGAGAGAAUUACAAAACAGUUAAUGAUAUUGUGUCAGCACUUCUCAAUGCUGAAGAUGAGAAAAGAGAAGAAGAAAAGGAGGAAGAGAAGGAAAGACAAACUGAAGAAACAGCAUCAGAUGAUUUGUCAUUACUUCGGAGGAAUAGAAUGGCUCUCUUUCAACAGUUGACGUGUGUGCUUCCUAUCCUGGAUAAUCUUUUAAAGGCCAAUGUAAUUAAUAAACAGGAGCAUGAUAUUAUUAAGCAAAAAACACAGAUACCUUUACAAGCAAGAGAACUGAUUGAUACCGUUUUAGUUAAAGGAAAUAGUGCUGCCAACAUCUUCAAAAACUGUCUUAAGGAAAUUGACCCUACAUUAUAUAAGAACUUGUUUGUGGAAAAGAAUAUGAAGUAUAUUCCAACAGAUGUUUCAGGUCUGUCCCUGGAAGAGCAGUUGAGAAGGCUGCAAGAAGAAAGAACUUGUAAAGUGUGUAUGGACAAAGAAGUUUCUAUUGUAUUCAUUCCUUGUGGUCAUCUGGUAGUAUGCCAGGAAUGUGCCCCUUCUCUAAGAAAAUGCCCUAUUUGCAGAGGUAUAAUUAAGGGUACUGUUCGUACAUUUCUCUCAUAAAAGAAAAAUAAGCUGUAUGUUAGCUUAUGUAUAAAAAUCUUUAAAAUAUUGUCUAAAGUUGUUUGAAGUAAAAAAAGGAAUUACUGAUUCCUUAAUUAGUAA